AAGGAAAGUUGGACCUCACAACCAGAUGUUCAACAGAGGGAGUUACUUCUGGCCAGAUGUGAGAAGAAUGUCCUGGUUAGGACCUUCUCUGAACGCUCGCCACUAACCGCUGACUUCACAUAUACGUCAAGAAGAUCUAUCAGACUUGAGGGACUAUAAGAGCUCCUACCAUUUCACCACACUGUUUGGUUUCCCUCAAUGGCCUUUUAUUACUGAACUUCUUUCCAUCUUGAGACUUUCCUUCUGGUCUAAUUUUAAAGAGAAGUCGGUCCUUGGUGGCUAAUCACUGAAGAAUGACAAAAUGUAGAGAACUCUUACUGUACUUUUGAGUGGGUGGAGGAUCUGGUGAAAUGCUUGGCUGACUCAACAGUUGGACGCAAGGAAGCCCAUGUAUUUGUUUUUGUGCUUUCCAUUGGCCUUAAUAAUAAGGCUCUAUGGACUAGCAAGGGGAACUUGUCAUGCCUGUUGCCGUUCGUAAGAAAAGCUGGGAGGAUCAUGUGACCCCACGCACAGGAUUACAAUACAGCUAUGAUGACCUAGACUUGGUCUGCUGCCAUGUGCGUUAUCAGCACAGCAGAUGUGCCUCCAUGCCUGAGUGUAGUCAUCACCAGACUCUGACAUUACCCUGUCUCCAGGAGGAUAUCAGUGAUGGUACAAGAACGAUGGCAAGGAUAGUGCAGAAGUUUGAGGGUGGAACUCAACCUAGCUCUGAAGGUGCAAGGUGCCAAUCAUUGAUGCCUGGAGACACCGUCAAUGAUACAGCACAGAAUAAGAGUGACCAAGAUAGCAGGCUACCUUCAGACUAUGUGGCAGAUCAAGAUGAAUUGCAAUGUUCUGCUUCAGGAACUUUGCAAGUGCACAGUGGAGAUCCAGAAAAUAAGGAACUAAACAAGGAUAAAGAAUCUGCUUCACUUAGCCUGACACAUGUACUUCCUACUGCAGUAUUAGCACCCAUAGAGGAAACGAGUGAUUUAUCAAAAGCAUUGAAGGACAAUAACUCUGUUAAAGUUGACUGUUCUGAAAUAACUUCAGAAAAUAUAGAAUCCACGAAGCCGGUCAGUGUGGGCAAUCAGAUGUUACUACACGAACACAUGAGUGUCACAAGCGAGAUCACAUAUAUAACUAAUAAACCUCCCACCUCUGAUUCACAGCAGAAAUCUGCUGACCCACAUAAUAUUGUGGAAGUACAAUGUUGUGAAAUUUCUAAACAGAGGAUUUUAACAUGUGGAAUGCUUGUUGAAUGUUCGUACACAGACGGAACUGUGAUCCCAAACUUACCAUCAUCAGAUUCUCAAGAAAUUCACAUUCCAGAAGCUAGCUACAAUGAAAAUCAGGAGGAUGAUGGCAUUUUUAAAAGUUCUGAUCAUGAGAUGUUAAUAAUCGGAAGCCUUGAACCACCUGCUUGUGAAAGUUCUCUACUGGAACCAUCUGGAAAAAUUGACAUCUUGGAAACGAGGCAUGACUGCUUCUCAAAACUCCAAACUAUCCAUGAGGGGUCCUUUUCUGAAUCGGGAGAUGAUGCUUCAGCUCAGAUAUCAGUAGAGAUGCCAGUACAUCUAGCAAGUGCAGAAUUAAAAACCAACAACUGUGAGAAUUUGAUAACUUCAGAGGAUGAAGACAUAAGUCUAAAGGAGCCAACUAGAGAAGAACCUCAACCUGAAGGACUCUAUGAUGAACAUCAGGCAAACCAAUACACAUAUACAGCCAAAGACACAGAGAGUGUCCCAAAAGCUGAAGGAUCCCUUGUCAAGCUUCGCACAAGGAAGAGCUCACGGGAGGAGAGGGAGAAAGAAAGGUCACGUUUGGACUCCAUGGUUCUGUUAAUAAUGAAGUUGGAUCAGCUGGAUGAAGAGAUUGAGAAUGCUCUAAGCUCCUCCCUCAAUAAUACUCCCAACUUAAAGAGGCACAUUAUCUCUGAAGUUGAUUUAGAAAUGCUGGAUUCAGAAGGAAGUCUUUCAGCCUCCUCCCAGUCUCUAAACACCCCACUUUAUCGCUCAUCAUCAUCGCUGUCUUCAUCAGGACCCUCUGGAACUUCUGGGGCUAGACCAAAAAAUGAGAUCUCUGCUGUGCUUUCUGAGAAAGACAGAGCCGAAAUCGAAGCGAAGGAGGCGUGUACAUGGCUGAGGGCUGCAGGUUUUCCACAGUAUGCUCAGCUUUAUGAAGACGGCCAGUUCCCGAUUGAGAUUUCCUCUGUUACCAGAGAUCAUGACUUCUUGGAUCAAGAUGCCAUAGAAGCCUUGUGCAGGAGACUGAACACCCUAAACAAGUGUGCUCUUAUGAGAUUAGAGAUCACCCCUCAAAGAAAAAGAAGUGAGGACUCUGAUGAGGAUGAACCAUGUGCCAUAAGUGGCCGUUGGACUUUCCAGCGCGACAGCAAGCGCUGGUCUCGCCUGGACCAGCCGGACCUUGAUGUAUUCUCCUCUCCAGCUGGAGACACUGGCUCCUUCACUCCCUUCCUAUCCCAUGAUGAUCAUUUUGCCAGAGGACCCCUUUUAAAGGAGGGAGUUAGUGCAGAGAGCAUCUUAACAGAUCUUAGUGAGCAACCAGAGGUUGACUCUUUGCACAGUGCUGGUAGUGGAUGUCGAGGAGGAUCCCUGAGUACCACUGUACCAUCCAGCCCUGCUACAACCAUUUCCAAUGCAAACACAGCAACUACAACCAGGGCGAGCUCAGUUGCUAGUGUUUACUCCUCUGGAACAUCAGGUGCUAAUGAAGACUCCCUGUCUGAUGGGCUUCCAUCGCCAAUGGAACGUGACACUUUUGCAUUCGAUGUAAAACCAAGCUUUAUAAACAGCAGUGCUGAAAAAAGCACACGUUCGAGAGCAAAGAGUUUCUUGAAGCGCAUGGAAAGCUUGCGGCUACGCACCAGCAGCAAUGCGGCCUCCAAGCGCAAAAAGAAGGGUGUUGCUGGUCAAGGUAAGCUGGAGAUCAGCGGGCCGGUGUUGAAAGAAGGUCUUGACGAAGACAAACUACGACGCCUCAACUGUGUGGACAUCGCAACUCUGGAUCCUAAUGCAAACCAAAACCGAAGCAUCACCUAUUCAACGCAGACAAGCAGUGGGAGUGCAGGGAGUAGCCAAUCAGAGGCCAGCAGUGGAAGUACUGUAAGUACUCCCAGUCCAGUCUCAAGAGCACGUAGUCACAGCACAGCAGCAGGGUCCACCAAGAGAGGUGGGAUGUACCUGGAAGGCUUUGACCCAUUUAAUUUUGUUGUGCUGCAACCUUCAGAACACCAAGAAGGGAAGCAGAAUCACCAGAAACAAAGUAAGAAGAUGGAGCCCAGCUCAACUGCAGAGAACUGUCACAACUUUCAGAGUUCAGAUUAUAGAAGAAUGGAGGAAGAAGAGAGACAAGAAGAGGAAGAAGGUGUGAUCUUCUUCUACUUGCCUGAAGGCCACAAGCCUGGCACUUUUCCUAAAGCACUUGCGGAUGGGGGACCCUAUCGUGGUGGCGAUAAUAUAAGUCGACGCACACCCCGGAGGGGCUCGGUCACCUCACUAGACAGUCGAUUGAGUGUCUAUGAUAAUGUUCCUUUCUCUGAAGUGGGAGAUGAUGAGGACGAAGCAGAAGGAGAGGAUGAGUCAAAACUUGAAGACGUGUUGGAGCGAGUCAGUGGACUACAGCAAUUGGUCAAUGCCUGGUCAGAAACAGGAACUGGGGAAGAAGGGGAUGAAGAGGAAGGGGAUUCAGAUUCAGCCCUUGAUUCUGCAUCUCCUUGUCCAUCAUCCCCAAUGCAGAACCGCUUAGAAGAGACAGAGAACGGUAGUGACCAGGACAGCACUGGAAACCCACUAGCAGAAAGGGAUGAGACGCUCAGCUCACGUGAAAGAUGCGACUCUGGUGUGGGAGCAUCACUUACACGAGCCAACAGACCUCAGAGACUGCGCUGGCCAAGUUUCCAGAGCUCCCACAGGCCAAGUCUGUCAUCAACAGUGCUACAAGUUGGAUGUCAGUCAGUUUUGCAGAUGAACCUCCUUCAGAAAUACAGCCUACUCAAACUUACCGCUCUACUGGAGAGAUACACGCCAACCAACAAGCAUGGCUUCAGCUGGGCUGUUCCCAAGUUUAUGAAGCGGAUCAAGGUUCGAGACUAUAAGGACAGGAGCGUGUUUGGAGUUCCACUGCAGGUGAUAGUUCAAAGAAGCGGACAAACCCUGCCUCAGAGUAUUCAGCAAGCUAUGCGUUACCUACGGAGCCAAUGCCUCGACCAGGUGGGGCUGUUUAGGAAAUCUGGGGUGAAGUCACGUAUCCAAGCCCUUCGCCAAAUGAACGAGUCAUGCGGCGCUGGUGGGGGCGGAGUCAACUACGAGGGCCAAUCAGCUUAUGACGUGGCCGACAUGCUAAAGCAGUAUUUCCGAGACCUUCCAGAGCCUCUGCUUACCAGCAAAUUAUCUGAUACCUUUCUGCAGAUAUAUCAGUAUGUUCCCAAAGAGCAGCGUCUGCAGGCGGUGAGGGCCGCCGUAUUGCUGUUACCAGACGAGAACCGCGAAGCCCUGCAGACUUUGCUGUGCUUCCUGAGUGAUGUAACGGCCAGCGUGGGUGAGAACCAGAUGACCUGCACUAACCUGGCCGUGUGUUUGGCCCCCUCUCUCUUCCACCUCAACACAAUGCGGAGAGAGAGCUCCUCACCCAGAGUCAUGAACAGAAAGAACACCCUGGGAAAACCAGACCAAAGGGACUUGAACGAGAACCUGGCCGCCACACAUGGCUUAGCGCAUAUGAUACAGGAGUGCCGAAAACUCUUCCUGAUCCCAGAAGAGAUGUCACGCUGUAGGAACUCUUACAUGGAGCAGGGCUUGAGUCCCAUGAGGAUGGAGGUGUUGGUGGAAGACAGCAGUUCUUGCAGCUACCAAAGUCUCCUCAAAGACAGUACUGAUGCCCUGUUUAAAGAAGCCAAGGACAAAUUCAAGGGUUAUGACAGCCGCUCGACUCCUGAAAACGCUGAGCUUGCAUAUAAGAAGGUUCAGGACGGGUCAUCUCUGCGACAGUGGAAAGUGUGCGUGGACAUGCCUGCAUCGGCUGAGGACGUCUUGCAGCGGAUUCUGCGGGAGCAGGAACGCUGGGAUGAGGACCUGUUAGAGUGCAGGAUUGUGGAAACACUGGAGUAUAACACGGAAGUCUAUCAGUAUGUCAGGAACUCAAUGGCGCCCCAUCCACCAAGAGACUACGUGGUGCUCAGGUCAUGGAUGACAGACUUGCCCAAGGGAGUGUGUGCUCUGGUGUGUGUGUCAGUGGAUCACGAGAGUGCAGGGGUUCUGGGUGUUCGUGCUAAUGUUCUGACCUCUCGCUACUACAUCGAACCCUGCGGACCCAACAAGAGCCGGCUCACACACAUUUCCAGAAUAGACUGCAGGGGUCGUUGCAAUGAAUGGUACAAUAAGCUGUAUGGUCACCUGUGUGCUGCAGAAGUGGUGCGGAUACGUGACUCUUUUACCUGCCUGGACAAAUAAACACACAACCUGGCGUGUGCUUUGACGUUUCAUUUCACCUCUCCAAACUCUUACUCUAGAGAGGAAGAAUGAUGAUGAUUUAAAACUCCCUUAACAUACGAUCUGAGCCCUUAUAUGAAACAAACCAAUGACUGUGCUGAAAUCAACAAGCUACAUUGGUCAAAGCUCUUGCCAUUUGGAUGGAUAAGCCUGAAAGACUGGAAAUGGGCGUCCCUGCUGCUAUGACAUCAUCAUCACUGAUGGCAAAACAUUUGACCUUUUUUACUGAUCAUGUCAUAGGGUGACUAUAUAAAACGGGAGAUGCUUUUGCUUCUGAGAAGCAAGUAUGCAUGUGUUUUUUUUUUUUGAAUGACUGUGGAAGUAAGCCUAUGUUUAGUGUGUCUGAUUUGAAUGUGUAUUAUUGACAAAUGAGACAUAUUCCAUGCACUGACACCCGCUGCAAUAUAGUGUUUAAACUUUUUUCUGUGUGUGUGUCACUGUUACAUAGUCUGCAAUGCUGUGUACAGUGCUUUCAUAAUAUUUAAGAGAAUGUACUGAUGGAUGAAUGGAUGGACAGACAUGUUUGUCUCUAUACAAGACGGAAGGUGGUGGCUGGCACACCUUUGAAAGGAAGACAGGAAAUGUGUGACAGAGGAAAAGACUAGAGCAUGUAGACACUUAAACAGCACAGAGGGUUCCAACAGCACCAAAGCCAAAGCUGAGACCAAUACAAUGUGGACCAAUUCUACAUAGCAAAGUAAUCCAAGGAUUCAACACAGGACUCAUAAACAUAAAUA